AUUUAGAAUACUGGAUCGCCCAAUCUAUGUGUAUCUUGUUUAUAAUCUCUCAGAACAACAGAGAUAUUAAGACGAUCAGUUAUAUUUAAGGCAAAGGGAUAAACUCUCUCUGCCCAUCGGUUGGUGGCGGAUCUUCUAAGCAGUGAUUGCAAUGCUAUAACGGUGGUACUUCAGAUACCAAUCUGUAUCGGUCAACUUACUCACGCAGCAUCUAAAGAGGUACCUGUAUUUACCAGAAGAAGAAGCUGUGGUCCUACCGACUAACUGUGGCGCCAUCAUCGACUUUACGUGGAGACCCUUCGCAGAAAAUCUGUUUCGGUGCCUUUGUCGACGACUCGAUUUUCGCUGGAGCUGAAGUAUAAGCCGACCCAGUUAGCAGGAUGUGCAACUAGCAAGCUAACCACUGAGAUAACAGUUCACAUACUGGUUAUCUGUUUUCUUUUUACCUGUCAGCUUCAAUUUUUAACCUGUUCGCUGAUGACUGAGCGGGUAUGCCAAGUUGUUGGAAAUGUCGACAAAAACCGGGCCUCUUGUCGUCCGGUUUCAAACCGAUAUGGGUUACCCUGUCUAUGAUGUGGUUGCUUGCAACCCAUUCGGUUAAUUCUGAGACGGCUGUUUCGAAGAAUCAAGUGGUACAGAAAGAGGCCCAGUUCGAUGUGACCUACAACGACACAGUUACCAGCGAAAACCAAACCAUCUAUGCAUUCAACCAUACAGUUUCGAGAAAUAAGACGGAAGGGAUCAGGGUGUCGGUGGAGCUUCUCUCUGAGGAUCCUAAGAGUCCAAUCCUCUUCGUCGUCAGGCAGAAACAGGCUGUUCUCUCCUUCCAGGUUCCUCUCAUUCUCCGUGGCCUGUAUGGGAGAAAGUAUCAGUACACAGAAGUGGCUCGUACUCUGUGUCAGCCUCCUACUCGUGUGGCAUCAGAAACUCAGUUUUUCUACGUGGAUGCGUCCACUCUGUCCAACGCUGGCAUUAGCUACCAGCUCAGAGUCAGUCGGGUGGACAGCUUCACCCUGCAGACAAACAAGAAAUUCAGCUUCAAUGGCACUCCAUCCCAACCUCAGUUUUUUAAAUAUGUAUUUCCUGAAGGAGUGGACACGGUCAUCGUCAAGGUCAACUCUUCAGUCAACUUCCCUUGCUCCGUUAUGUCCAUCCAAGACAUCCAGUGUCCAGUGUAUGAUCUUGACAAUAAUGUAGCUUUCAUUGGGAUGUACCAGACCAUGACUACAACAGCAGCCAUCACGGUGCAGAAAAAAGAUUUCCCUAGCAACAGUUUCUAUGUGGUUGUGGUGGUGAAGACUGAAGAUGAGGCGUGUGGAGGACCUCUGAAGUUAUACCCUCUGGUACCAGAUCAGCUGUUUGACCCUGGGAAUCGUAGUAAACCUCUGGAGGUGGUUGUCUCUCCUGCCAUUAAGUCGGAGGCAUAUGUGAUGGGGAUGUUGUUUUGUCUUGGUAUAUUCUUAUCCUUCUAUGUGCUCACCUUCCUUGUCGCCUGUGUGGAGAGUAAAAGAAUGUCUAAGAAGAAGGAGGGGCUUCUGAACCCGGGAGAGACGUCGCCCGCAGAGACAGCCUCACUUCUGGGCCAGACUCCAGCCUCUCCAUAUGAAUAUGGAUCAUUUGCGGAUAAUGGCAGCACUCUGAGCUCUGAGGCCGUCACUGACAGCUUAGCUUCAGCCGAUGUCGGCUAUGGAUACAUGGGCCAGGAGCCUGUCAAACAGCAGCCAAUCACAACACACCAUAUUACCAUGUAUAUUGAGCGUUCCCUGGAGACAGUAGGGAGGUGUAGACAGGAGUCAUUGAGUUCAGUCGAGGAGGAUGACUAUGAUACACUGGCGGACAUUGACUCAGAUAAGAACAUCGUGCGCACGAAGAAGUACCUGUGUGUAUCAGAUUUGGCCCGGAAAGACAAGAGGGUCCUAAGUAAAAAAUAUCAGAUCUAUUUCUGGAAUAUUGCGACCAUUGCUGUUUUCUACGCCCUGCCUGUCGUACAGCUCGUCAUCACUUAUCAGACGGUUGUCAACGUGACAGGAAAUCAGGACAUCUGUUACUAUAACUUCCUGUGUGCCCAUCCUCUGGGAGCUCUUAGUUCCUUUAAUAACAUUCUAAGUAACCUUGGUUACGUGAUGCUGGGUCUGCUCUUCCUCCUCAUCGUGUUGAAGAGGGACAUCGUGCACAACCGGGCUCUCAUGAGAAACGAUUUCAAUGCUGUGGAGUGUGGUAUCCCUAAACACUUUGGCCUGUUUUAUGCCAUGGGAACAGCUCUGAUGAUGGAGGGCCUGUUGAGUGCCUGUUACCAUGUCUGUCCCAACUAUACUAACUUUCAGUUCGACACAUCAUUCAUGUAUAUGAUAGCUGGUCUGUGUAUGCUGAAGCUGUAUCAGAAGAGACAUCCAGACAUCAAUGCCAGUGCAUACACUGCCUACGCCUGUCUGGCCGCUGUCAUCUUCUUCUCUGUGCUGGGAGUGGUCUUUGGGAAGGGGAAUACAGUGUUCUGGAUUGUCUUCUCUGUCAUUCAUAUUCUGGCCACUAUGCUGCUCAGCAUUCAGCUUUAUUAUAUGGGCCGCUGGAGACUGGACUCUGGAAUCUUGCGCAGGAUGCUGUAUGUAAUUUACACUGAUUGUAUUCGCCAGUGUAGUGGACCCAUGUACAUAGAUCGGAUGGUUCUGCUGGUUAUGGGCAAUAUUGUCAACUGGUCCCUGGCCGCGUAUGGACUCAUUAAGAAGCCAAACGAUUUUGCCUCCUACCUCCUGGCCAUCGCCAUCUGUAAUCUCCUGCUCUAUUUCGCCUUCUACAUCAUCAUGAAGCUGCGAAGCGGUGAGAGGAUCAAGUGUCUGGCUCUGGUGUGUAUUCUCUUCACUGCUGUCAUCUGGGGCUUCGCUCUCUUCUUCUUCUUCCAGGGUCUCAGCACCUGGCAGAAAACUCCGGCGGAGUCUCGGGAGCACAAUCGAGAAUGCAUCCUUCUCUCUUUCUUCGACGACCACGACAUCUGGCAUUUCCUCUCCUCCAUCGCCAUGUUCGGCUCUUUCUUAGUCUUACUCACCAUGGAUGAUGAUCUAGACUCCGUUCAGAGAGAUAAAAUCUAUGUGUUUUAAAGCUGUGAUAUUUGGAACACGGUUACUCUGUACUGACCUAUCACAGUCCAGGAGCACAGGAUGUCCCACCCAAGUAGGGGCCUUGUUACUGAUGUGAUGCUUUCCGGCCAAUCAGAAACAGGGAAGGGACACAGUCCCCUUCUCUAAAGCUGCACAGUGAGAGGACACUCUGCGUGCCAAUCAAAACUUGCCUGGUUCACUUGCACCUGUCUAAGUUGCUCUCCUCCUGCCAUGAUAUAUGAUUUCUGUCGAUGUUGGUCAUCGUCGUGUGUUUUUGUCUCAUCGCUGGUGACGGUUUGGCGCUUACGAAUCGAUAAA